ACCCUGAUUAAUUACUUACUCUGCGCCUUUGAGCUUAUGCUUUAUGAGCUAGACAAUGAGCUUGCUUUAGUUAAGUAGAAGAACUCAUUUUCUGGCUGAUAAGUACAGAUCUUGCAGGAUUCAUCAAUUCUUUGCUGAUCUGGCUUUACAGAUACUGCAAUACAAUCCGAGGCUUUCUUAUUUCUAAUAGUUUAUCAUUGCUGUGAAAUAAUGAAGAAGAAACCGCAGGAUGAUGGAAGUCACGUGUCUUUUGAGAAACAAUUGGACACGGUCGGAGGUUUCGGGGUCUAUCAAAAAGUGUUUAUGAUGUUGAGUGUAUCGGUUUUCACUCUGUGUCUCGUGUUGAAUCUCAGCACUGUUUUCACCCUGGAAGAGAGACCCUUCUUCUGUGAAGUGAACGGAUCCAGGGUCGAUGCUGGUGAGAACUCAGGGUUCAAUGACGUCUGUUCUUGUCCAGGUACGAUUGUGUUCGACUUGACAAAUGAUGAGCCGACUUUGGUGGUCAAGUAUCGCUUAAUUUGCGAGAAUGAAGUUCACAGACAUUGGGCCAGAUUCGCUUGGGCUUUUGGACUCUUGUGUAGCUCCCAAAUCAAUGGAUACAUGGCCGACAGAUUUGGUCGCCGAAGCCAGAUCUGCUUGUGCAGUGUGGUUCUUUUAGUUUUUGGUAUCGUGGGCCCGAUGAUGCCCAAUUACCUUCUCUACGCUCUAUGUCGCUUCAUUGCUUCCUGGGGUGUCUCCGGCUACAUCGUUGUGUGCUACGUUUAUUUAGCUGAAUCUAUGGACAACAGAGGGCGCGCCUACUUGGGUGUGGUGGCCAUGAUGGCCUGGAGCUGUGGUGGUAGCGCAAUUGCUUUUUUUGGGAAGUUUUUGCGACACUUUCUUGUGUUUGACUGGGUCAGUGCUAUCUCGUUUGCAGCCAUCGGUUUUAUCAUCUCGCUUUGUGCAGUGGAAAGUCCACCGUUGGCGCUACACACAGGGUGACGACUACAAAUUCUACAAGGACAUGAUGUUCAUAGCCAAGGUGAAUGGACGGAGGCUGACGGCAAGAGGACAAGCGCGUGAUAGUCACGUGUCCCAAAGCAGCACUCGUAAAACUGAAAUCAGCUAAUGAUUCUUCUUCAUCGUCUUCUUCGGCUGCGGCGCGACUGUGUGAUUUGUUCGUGAACAAAUACACGACAUGUACAAGUGUGUUGCUGUGGUAUGUGUGGCUGUCCAUCAGUUUCAUCUGCUACUCCAUGGUGUUCCACGCUCUAGUCGGAGACAAAAUCCUCAACUUCCUCAUCGCAUCUGUGCUAGAAGUGUCUCUGAACCUGCUGCUCCUCACAAUCAUUCAGAGAUCCCGUCGCAAAAUCAUCCUCCUCCUCCUAAUCUCCGUGUCAUACCUGGGCGCUCUUGGUGCCUGUGCAAUCAACAUACUAGCGCUGCAAUCUGAAUACCAACUAGCUUACUUUUCCCUCACAAUUGCCUGUCGUCUGUUCGCAGGUGUAUUUUGGGGUAUUCUGGGUCUGGUCACAAACGAAUGUUACCCAACAGUGCUUAGAGCUCAAGCGCAUGGAGUAGCAAACAUGAUUGCAAGGAUUUCAAUUUGCGCAGUGACAGUGAUGGGUAUGAUUCCUCAGAAGAUUCUAGUGGCAAUCGUGACCGUCGCUCUGACAGUGGUCAUAGUGGCCAUAAAUCUCCUUCCCGAGACCCAUGGCAAGGACCUGCCGACAACUAUUGAAGAAUUCACCACUUUCUGCAACAGCGAGUCACUCAGAAUAAAACCAACACGUGCAAAAAAGAGAAAACGAACUCUAGAUGACGAUCUUGUCUAUGUCACUGAGCAGUUGUAAAACUGAAGAACAUCCUAAUAAACAAUAAAAA